AUGAAUGAUCUUACUGAUUCGAAACUAGUUUCUACUCCUGUUUCGCCUCGAUCUAAACUAUCCUCCAAUGAUGAUGCUUUAUUUCCUGACAUCACAUUAUAUCGCAGUCUGGUUGCUAGAUUACAAUAUCUCAACAUGACACGCCCUGACAUCACUUAUAUGGUUAAUCAGGUCAGUCAAUUUAUGCAUCUCCCAACACAAUCUCACUUUCUGGUUGUGAAGCGCAUCCCACGGUAUCUUAAAUGCACGCUUGUCCAUGGGAUCUCCUUUUGGCGUAAUAAUCUUAUGCAACUCACAUCCUUCUGUGACACUGAUUGGGGUGGUGAUCCCGAUACUUCUCGUUCUACCACAAGUCACUGCAUAUUGUUAGGUUAG